AUGUUUUCGCUUGUUGCUCUCUCGGCACUUGCCUUUGGUGCCAUCUGCGGUGCCACAUACCCAGACUAUCCGAUCUAUGCGUUCGAUCAGCCGAUCGAUCACACAGAUAGCAAGUCGCCAACGUUCAAGCAGCGUUAUCAUAUCCUUGGCGACUACUACAAACCCAAUGGCCCCGUCAUCAUCCUCGAUGGCGCCGAGUCUGACAUCACGAGGGAGACUUACGGUGGCUCGAAGAUCAGCUACUACCGUACUCAGUUCUCCAAGCACCUUGCCCAAGCAACGGGUGGCCUGCUCGUCGUCUUUGAGCAACGCUGCUACGGCAAAAGCCAUCCGUUCUCGAGAUCGACGACCGACAACCUGCGCUACUGCUUGAUCGACCAGGCCAUCGCCGAUGCUCCCUACUUUGCUCAACAUGUCAAGAUCCCCGGCUUCGAGGGUCUCAACGCCCCAAAGACUCCCUACAUUCUCUACGGCGGCUCGUUGGGAGGUGCAAAGACUGCCUUUUCGAUGCUCAAGUACAACGACGUCUUGUACGCGGGCAUCGCCUCCAGUGCUACGGUCAAAUCGGACGUAACCUACCCAAAGUGGUACACGGCUGCACAGACUUAUGCUCCUCAUGCCUGCGUCGCGACUAUCAACAAUCUUGUCGACCGCAUGGACGAGCUGCACAAGCAGUCGCCUCAUGCUAUACCCCAACUUCAGAAGCUUUUCGGACUAGAGUCAUUGACAGACUUCCGUGACUUUGCAUAUGCGAUCGCAGAACCUAUCGGAGGUCCUCUCGACUACCUCGGCAAUUCCUGGCAGGAAGUCAAAGAGAUCUAUCUCAACCCUGCUCAGAUCGGCAAGCCUAGCGACUUUGAUUACUUCUGCUCCAACAUUACGGCAAAAACGGUUGAUGCGAGUAUCGACACGGUUUUGUCAAAGUAUACCCAUGGCCGCACAUGGCCCAAGCUAUCGAAUUAUGCUAAUUACAUGAGAAAGUACUACAAUGCUAACUGCAAGUCUCCCAACAAGCUCAACGAUGCGGCCUGCUUCGGUACGACCAACAAGACCUUCUGGGCUGACACGACUAAUGGCGACGAUCGCACCUAUCUCUUUACCACCUGCGUCGAGCAAGGCUCUUUCGUUGCCGCUGCACCCGCCGGCCAGCCGUCGCUCAUCUCACGAUCCGUCCAGGCGGCCUACACCGAGCGCAAGUGUCGAUACGCAUUCGCCGAUGGAAAGCACUUCAAGGUGCCUAAGCUGCCAGAGGUCGAACGAUGGAACAAAUUUGGCGCGGCGAGUAUCGCCGUCGACCGACUCGCUUUCAUCAACGGCAAGCUUGAUCCAUGGAUCUACGAGACACCCGCAGCACCCGAUCUUGCACUGCGCAAAAGCACACCAUUGCGUCCUUUUGUGCUCAUGCAGAAAGGUCGCCAUUGCGAUGACUUCCGAGCCCUGCCGGACCUGCAAGAUGAGCCCGAGGAGCUUCGCAAGACGCACGAGUAUAUCCUCGACUUUACCAAUGCCUGGCUCAAGGACUUCCCAAAGUGGAAGCCGGGCAAGGCCAAGGAAGCGACGAUCUCACCACACGCCGGCCGGCACAUAGGCUCAAACAAGACAGAUACAGACACAAUACGCGGGUUUCUACUCACACCUUUGCAAGCACACAUGUACACACUGACGCUAUGGCCUCUGGCAUUCGCUACACUCGCACUGGCUUCCUCGUCCAACAAGCACCACAAACAUGAGCACAAAAGCAUUCCUCUGCAGAAGAAGACGGCUACCGGCAUCAGGAAUGCCAAAGGCGUUGUCCAGAAGCAAGUCAUUCUCUCACACCUUCAGCGACUGGACAUGAAAUAUGCUGAUGCCGCCAUCAAUUAUUACGAUCACACGGGCCAGGCCCUUGCAGGCUUUCCGCCGCCCGUCUGGAAGCACAACUUUACCAAUUGCACCAUCGAACCUGCGCCUCAGCUUAGCAGACGGAUGCGAAGGAGGGCGAAGGAGCAGCUCGCCGAUCAAAGCUCGGGCCUGCUGUGGACUGGCGUCGUUUCUAUAGGCACACCAGCAAAGAGCUUCCUACUGGACUUCGACACGGGCAGCGCGGAUACUUGGGUAGCAGGCACAGGCUGCGCGACUUGCACAGAUAAGAAUCUCUACGAUGCCAACUCUUCGACCACAGCGAAGGAAUUGACCGAGACCUUCUCUAUCUAUUACGUCGAUGGCUCGAGCACAAGUGGCGACGUCUAUACAGACUCAGUUUCCGUUGGCGGUCUAUCUGCCAAAUCGCAAACGUUGGCGUCGAUCAACUACAUGAGCGAUGGUUUUGCGAGCGAGCCAGGUGAUGGUAUCCUUGGCAUGGCAUACCAGUCCAUCUCCUCGCUCAAUGCCAAGCCAUUCUUCCAGAAUUUGGUAUCGCAGCAGACACAAAUGCGCAAAGUGUUCUCGUUCUAUCUGGCAGAAUCGGGCUCAGAGCUAUAUCUCGGAGGCAGCAACCGCGCGCUCUACUCUGGUAAUCUCGAGUAUCACCCCGUUACUUCCAAGGCGUUCUUCACAAUCUCUGGGCGGGGCUACAUCAAUGGCAAGUCUCUGAGCAAGUCGACGCGUAGCUACACCAUCGAUAGCGGAACGAGCCAGAUUGCGACGACGUAUGCCGAAGCAAAGGCCUUCUGGUCAAAGGUGCCACACGCUUCGCCUUGGACGGCAGUCCCGGGCACAUGGAAAUAUCCUUGCUCGCAAAAGAUCAAUCUGUCAUUCGCAUUUGGCAAGGGGAGGAAAUGGGCGAUACCCGAUUCGCUCUUCAACCAAGGCCUCAUCGCUUCGGGCAGCUCGAUGUGUAUGGGUGCCGUCACGGUGAUCGACUCGCUCGACUCUGGCUCUUGGCUGCUGGGUGACACGUUUAUGAAUGCCGUUUAUACCACCUUUGAUCUCGAACAGAACAGGGUGGGAUUCGCAAAGCUCAAGCAUUAGCAUCUGUAGACUUGCAUGCACUUGUGUCAUAG